UUUUUACCCACAAUUCACAGCGAAACAGCCACGUAAACGUAAAAAGCCAUCGCCGGCCGCAGUCGCUGGGUCAGUAGCUGUCUACACUCACUGCACACUCAUAGAGCUGCAUGCCACGGGUGUCUACAUGAUGCCACACUCGUUUACCAGGCCUUCAGUGAGAUUGCCAGAGCUGUAAUAUGUCCUUGGUGCUGUUUGCCUCAGUGGUUCGGGUCGGGGAUGGCCUGCCUCUUUCUGCAUCCACUGACUAUGAGCAGGAUAAAGAGCUUCAGGAAACCAAGAGACACCUCAAAGGUCUCUCCAAGAAACUCAGCCAGUUCCCUGACCGCUGCACACUUAAGACUGGACCAUACAAUGUCAAUUUCACAAGCUCACUGGGUGUUGGAUACCUGAUGGUGUGCACUGCAAACUACCCCAACGUGCUGGCCUUCUGCUUCCUGGAUGAGCUACAGAAGGAGUUUAUCGUCACCUAUGACACAAAACGAAUCAGCAGCGUUGUGCGGCCAUACUCCUUCAUUGAAUUUGACACGUUCAUCCAGAAGACUAAACAGCGCUACAACAGCCCUCGUUCCCUGUCCACCAAGAUCAAGCUGGCUGACAUGCAGACAGAGAUCAAGCUGCGACCGCCCUACCAGCUCUCCCCUGAGGACCUGCGGGCUAUCAAUGGAUUCUCUGUGCACAUGCCAUCCAAAUACAAGGGCAUAGCUCCCACACAGAUGUUGGAGCCAGUGACUCUUCCAGGCAUUGUUUCCUGUGUGCUCAGUGUCCUCUGUGGAGGCCUCAAUCUGUUGCGAGGAGUCCAUGCUAUAGAGAGCAUACUGCAGAAUGACGAUGAAGACUUUAAUUAUGUGAUUGCCUUCUUUCUCGGCACAGCAGCCUGUCUAUAUCAGUGCUACCUGUUUGCCUACUUCUCUGUCUGGAGGAACAGUAAGUCCUUUCUGGCAUUUGCACUCAUUUGUCUGUCCAACAUGUAUCUGUAUGAACUGAGGAACAUGUGGCAGAUCCUCUUCCAUGUGGCAGUGGGGGCAUUCAUGACCCUGCAGAUCAGACUGAGGCAACCGCUGGGCAAGGCACCAGACUAUAAUGUCUGACAAAAACUUUUAACACAGAGGACAAAUGGACCUUCAGUCAGGUGUCUCACAUAUGCCCUGGAAAUGCAGCGACAACAGCACUGGCCACUCUGGGGACAAAAUGGACAAAAAAAAAUCAUCCUCCCACUUUAGGAAGAAGAAAAAUCUUGCAACACCACAGUGGUCCUGUUCUUACUCAAUCCCAGCACCACUGGGCAGAUCUCAGUGUGAAACUCCACUGCAGCCUGAGUCAUCCAUGGAUCUUAUUAGAUUGAUGUGGGAAGUUGUCUAUUCCCCACCGUUGUCUGAUAAAGAUAUUUACUUUUACAUCCUUUCAUUGCAGCCAUAGUUUAGGUCAGAGUCCUGCAUACAGGGAAAUCAGUUUUGCAAACCUGUACUCUCCCACCACCUGCAAAAUUAAGUAUUGGAAUCAACUUGUCAUGUAUAACUCUCAGCCCCACUUACAACCAAAUGCAGAGGCCAUAUUAGACACUCUGUCUAAGGUGCUCUAGAUGGCACUAGGAAUGUCUGAGUUUUAAGUACCAAAACCAAAAUUAUAGAGUGAUGUAAAACCUUUUUUUCAUUUAAGAUAGUAAAUGAAACGUAUUAAAUACAUCAGCGUAAGCAGCUAUACUGAUAGUUUUCAAAAAGACUUUAGGAAAGAUGAAUAUAAUAGAGUCUGCAGGACUGGACAUUAAUUUUAACUUCUUGUUCAUUUUUUUCAUGUCUUCCAAAUGUUUGUUUCACCCAUAUCCUAGUGUUUUUUUCCUGCUACAUGCACUUUUUGCACCCUUGGGUACAUGACCUGGUGCAGGACUCUGGUUACGAUCUUGGUUUCAAAACUAUGCAAUGCUGCCUGGUAUAUGUGGCCCUCAUUUCAAUUUACAUGUAUUCUGUUUUCAGGAACCAAUUAUCAUAUCUUAUUUUGCAGAUAUUUGUCAUUUUGUAGACAGUUAAAUGUGCUAUUUAUUUACUGAUAGACGUUCAUUGGAAUGUAAUCAGUGACGAUUUAUACAGAUUUUGUGAGUUUUAUUUGUUGUUUUAUUGUUGCUCCAUUUUUUACGCAGACUUGCGUCAACUUGUCACCAGUAACUCCUGCUUCAGUAGACACAAACAGCCUGUUAGCAUUCAUACCCUACUUCCUUGCCCACACAGCCUGAAGCAUGUGCCAGUGUCAAGUGACUAUGUUAAUAAACAAGUCUGUGUUGGCAGCAGUAAAGAUACUCGCUGUGUUGCCGGGGCCAGAGGCAGCCUGUAUCAUCUGAGCAGCCUCUGGCAUGCUUUUCCACCCACCGAGCACUUUGGUUCAGACAUGGUUGCGUCUGCCUCUUAGGAAGACAAAAACUCAGUCUCUCACCUUCUGCCUGUGUAAUGGAUAUUAGCACAGCAUUCACAUUUAACAUAAUUAAAAUCAGGAGAUGUCACAUUCAUUGUUAUUACGCAGUAUGAAAUUUGUUCAGAAAUUAUGGGAAGAUUUUCUAGGCUUCCUGCAACAUCCCAACAGAUAAUAGCAAAUAAAUGGAGAAAUGUAGAGAAUUCAGUCAUGCAUUGUUCAUUGUUCAUGAGUAGCUCAACAGUUAUGCCAAGAUUGUCAUAAUGUCUUUGUUUUUAAAUAAUCUGUCUCUCACUGGAUAGAGUUGAAAGUGAAAAUGAAAAGGAGCAUAGCCGCACAACUGCACUCAGUCUCCAUCUGGCAUCUGCACCACAGAUCUCUCAGGGGACUGUUGCAACACUUGUAUGACUUAUCAUUGUGCUCUCUGAAUGUUCGCUGCUUUCCAACAGUGGUACCACACCUACAUGACCUAAUAGUUCUUUUCACAAUAUGGCUUGGACUUGAUUGGAUCUGAAUUGUGCUUUACUGGCUGUUUGUGUUCAUAUUUUCCUUUUCCACAACACUUAGUAGAUAUGUAGAGUGGGUAUGUUAUAUAAAAUAAGAAAAGUGAAAUUUAAGGCUUUUGCAGUGUUUUAUGUAAGUAUGGAAAAUGAAUUUGAUUACUUCCAGGUCUUUAAAAUGUGGGAAUGAACUGCUGAAAUUUUGUUGUAUGUGUACAAAUUGUUUGAAUUUUUUAAUUCAUUUAUUUUACACUAGAGUGAAAAAUGAUGCUUUCAAGCUCAUAUAAUAUGAAGAGUUAUAUCCAGUGCUAAAUUCAGGAAAUGAAGAUCUGGGAAAGAAUAGAUUUGAUAUGUACUGGAAGAUGUAAGAAUGAGUGGAUUCAUCUGAGACUUGCUUUAAUUGAAGUGCUUUAAUUAUC